CCGCUUCUACGUACUCUCUCUCUUUCUUCUCUCUCUGCCUUUUUUCCCUUUCUCUCUCUCUCUUUCCCUCCAAUCUUCAAAAUCCUCCAUAUCUCCCUCCUUUUUACCUCCAUCUUUUCCGAUGUCGAAGGCCGUCGAGGAUCUCAUCUUCCGCCACCGCCACUCUGAUUUUUCAUUUCAUCACCUUAGCUCUCACUCUAACCAUCGCGACAUGUCGUCUUUUGCUUCUUCUUCCUCAGCUCUAGCUCUUCCGCCUCAGUGUUGUCUUCAGUAUCAUCGGCCUUCUCCACCGUCGGAUCAGUCUAACGUUUGCGACGCCCGUCUCUCUUCCGAGGCACAUUCUACAGUUUCUACGAUAGAUUUGAAACGAGCAUAUGAUAUUAACAACUCCGAGGCUUUGGCUAGCAGACAAGUCGUAGCCUCUGAACAGAGGAUGCGAUCUAAUGAUUCUUCAUGUGAACCAGUAUCCAGUGCAAAUGAAAAGCAAAACAAGAAAUUUAAGUUGCAGAAGAAUUCGAAGUCUAAGACUCGAAAAUCAAUAGAUGAGCCUGUUGAUAGCCCUAAUCAAUCUACUAACGGUCGGUAUGACAGCUCGUUAGGCUUCUUGACAAAAAAAUUUAUCAGGUUAGUUCAGGAGGCUGAAGAUGGAACACUUGAUUUAAAUAAAACUGCAGACGUAUUAAAGGUCCAAAAGAGGAGAAUUUAUGAUAUUACAAAUGUUCUUGAAGGAAUAGGCCUCAUAGAGAAAACCACGACGAACCACAUACGUUGGAAGGGAGGCGAGAGGCGUGGACCUCAAGAGCUCAACGAUCAAGUUGGUAGAUUAAAGGAUGAAGUUAAAAGUUUAUAUGCAGAUGAACGCAGACUUGAUGAACUCAUAAGGAUGAAACAAGAACUUCUUAGAAAUCUCGAGCAAAAUGCACACUACAGGAAUCACCUUUUUAUAACAGAAGAAGAUAUCUUGCGAAUUCCUUGCUUCAAGAAUCAAACACUUAUAGCAGUUAAAGCCCCCCAAGCUAGCUGUAUUGAAGUACCCGAUCCAGACGAGGAGGCUUGUUUUUCCGAGAGGCAAUGUAGAAUGAUCAUCAAAAGCACCACUGGGCCAAUUGAUUUAUACCUCUUGAGGACUGCAAAACAAGAGCUGGAAGAAAAUACUUCCAAGCAAGCAAAACUAUGUUUAGCACAGCAGAAGAAUCCUAACAUAUUUACCAACAACACUUAUUCUCCUUUCCAAGACCUUCAUGGAAUGCAAAGAAUUUUACCUUUACAUAAUAAUAUAGACGAUGAUUACUGGUUCCAAUCAAAUUCACAAGUGAGUAUUACGCAUUUAUGGGGUGAGGAACACAACUUUUAACUUUGUCCCCAAAGACGAACAAUAUCAAGAAACUCUGGUUUUCUUUAUGGAUCACGACACAAUUUUUUUCCCAUCAAAGAGGUCGCGAUAUUUCAGACAGUUCUCCAUUUCUCACAGAAAAAUUACCUCCGAAGGGAUUUACUCAGAUAAUAAAAGAGAGUAAGAAUGAAGUGUUUAUCAACUCUCAGCUCAAAGAUAUGAAGUGUUUAUGUCUAUUCUACACAGCAUUUUUGUUGAAGAGAGGUAUGCCUGAGAUCUCCUCAUUACUUACAGCUCCUCUUUUUAAUUUCCUUAAUCUUUUCAAAUGCUUAGUGCAAUUGAUUGUGCUUAUAAUAUCUCCAUAUCCAUAAUAUUUAUAUGAUUUUGUAAUUCAUGAUUUUGCUAUUUUAGACUAUAGAACAAAGGUGCUAUACUAAUAGAAGGUCUUGUUUUUCUUUUAUAAAUUUUCUUUCCCUUACCAAUAACAUUAAUGGUCAAGUUCUAUUACCUAACAAAUUACACGACUGUUUGAUUCCUAAGUUUAA